CAUACCUUGAUGCCACAACUUCGGCUGGAUGAACUGCGUUUUUACGUAUAUUUUAGAAUGACUCCAGAGUGUUUCGAUGAAAUAUUGAACUUGGUGAAAGUUGAAAUACGAAAAUCUGACACAAAUUAUCGUGAAGCUAUUCCGCCAGAAGAACGACUUGCUAUUACACUUAGAUUCCUUGCCACUGGUGACACCUUCUAUACCAUUGGGCAUAGCUUUCGAGUUGGCUUUACAACAGUGAGAGCAAUCGUAACCGAAGUCUGUGAAGCGAUAUGCAGACAUAUGGAGCAUAUAUAUUUACCAGAACCAACAGAGAAUAUAUGGAAAAAAUGUGCUGAAGAAUUUGAAAAUAGAUGGGGAUUUCCCAAUUGCAUUGGCAGCGUGGACGGUUAACAUGUACCAAUCAAGAGACCUAACAACAGUGGCUCCAAUUACUGGUGCUAUUUACGAGUACAUAAAUAUUCAAUAGUACUUAUAGCCAUUGUUGGCCCGGACUAUAAAUUUAUAUGUGUUGAUAUUGGUGAUUGCGGAAAAAAUAGUGAUGGGGGUAUUUUCGAAACCUCAAACAUGGGAAAACGAUUUGAACAAAAUUUAAUGAGUGUCCCUGCACCUAGAUUUCUUCCUGGGCAAAAUGAAAUCUGCUCGUACAUCUUAAUUGGUG